AUGGGUCAAAGCAACGUGCUCAAGGGAUAUACGUUUGGCCCAACGAUAGGUGAGGGAGCUUUCUCUAAAGUCAGACUGGCCACCGCACAAAAUGGCUCCAAAGUUGCCAUCAAAAUAGUGAACUACAAAAGUGCUCCUCAAGACUUUGUCAAAAAGUUUUUACCCAGGGAACUGGCCACUCUGAAAAUCGUGAGACAUGACAAUAUCAUCCGUGUGCAUGAACUGCUGGAGCUCCGCAACAGAUGGGUAUGCAUUGUGAUGGAGAGGGCAACAACGGACCUCCUACGAAAGAUCAAAGAAGUCAGAAGAAUCCCAGUGGACAAGUCCAGAGACAUAUUCGCCCAGAUCGUCAGUGCUGUGACGUACCUGCACCAAAAUAAUAUUGCCCAUCGAGACCUCAAGUGUGAGAACGUGCUGCUGAUGAAGAAUGACCAGGUGAAAAUUGCAGACUUUGGGUUUGCGAGGACAGCAGUGGGAUUCCCUGAACUGAGUGAAACCUUCUGUGGCUCUGCUGCAUACACCCCACCAGAGGUAUUGCUUUGCACCCCAUAUGACCCGAAAAAAUUUGAUGUUUGGAGCACUGGGGUCAUCCUCUUUAUCAUGGUCACGGGGAACAUGCCUUUCGAUGACACCAACAUUGCCCAGUUACCACACAUCCAAAAGAGGCCUCUGGCGUUUCCAGAUGGGGUGGAGCUGGCGGUGUCCUGUCGGACCUUCAUCUCUUUCUUGCUGAACUUCAGCCCUUUUCUAAGACCCAGCAUCGAGCAGGUGGUUCAACACUCCUGGCUGGAAAAGGACAGUGACAACAUCGCUCAAUAA